AUGGAUUGCAUUCAGUCUGGAAAUGGAGACGCCACAGUGGAGACGGAGGGGAGUGUGAACACUGGGGAAAAUGAUACAAAUGAAGACAAAGAAAAGCAUGAUGCAGAAGCUGAAGUCUGUGUCCGUAAGGUAUCCUGGGAGCCCAGAAAGGAGAUCCAUUAUUUUGCCGGCCAUGAGAUCAGCAUCUGGGAGUCUCUCGAUUCAUUUGGUUCUGUCAUCUGGCCAGCAGCUCGGGCUCUGUGUCGAUACCUUGAGUCCAAUCAAGCAACAGUUGAUCUUGUUGACAAAGCGGUGCUAGAAAUUGGAGCCGGCACAGGUCUUGUGUCCAUCGUGGCCAGUCUGUUGGGUGCUUGGGUGACAGCAACUGACCUGCCUGAAGUCCUCGGGAAUCUGAGAUGCAACCUGUCCAGAAACACACGGGGCCGCUGCAGAUACACGCCACAGGUGGCGGAGCUCUCUUGGGAUUGUGAGCUCAAUAAGACCUUCCCUCAUUCAGUCUACAGAUACGACUACAUAUUAGCAGCUGAUGUGGUCUAUCAUCAUGACUACCUAGCAGAAUUACUGGUCACUAUGAGCUUCUUCUGCCAGCCGGGCACAACCCUCAUAUGGGCCAACAAGACCCGCUUUGAUUCUGAUCUGGUGUUUGUGGAGAACUUCAAAAAAACGUUCAACACCACCCUGCUGGCAGACAACGGAGAGGUCAAGAUUUACUCCGCCACCACGAGAGAAGAAAGUAGACUAGUGAUGUCAGAAGAGACUAAAGGGGUUGCGAGGAAAGGAGUGGAUGAGUAUGAAACAGUCAAUAAAAAGACAAAGAAAGAGAUGAACGAAGGAAAGAUCGAGGUUCGAGAAUAUGAAAAGAAAGAUGUACAAUUUAGAGAAGAACAGGCUACAGGGUAUGUUGAUGUGGAAAACCAGAAGGAAACAUUAAAGUUGGAGGAUGGAAAUUUGAACAAUAUCAAAGAUGAGGAGGACAACACAAACCUUGAAACUGAACCUGGGGAUAGUGGAGAUGAAGACAAUGACGGCUGCUGUGAGAUGGAUUCAACAUUUGUAGAGCAGAAAUCAGAAGGAAACACAGAAAAUGAUAAACAACAGGAGUACAAGAGAUCAUGGGCACCAACCUUUUACUACAGACCCGGGAAAGAAGUUUUCAGUUUUUUGGGUCAGGAAAUUACAAUUCAGGAGUCCAUCGAUUCUUACGGUGCUACUAUAUGGCCAGCGGCACUUGCACUUUGCCGAUUCAUGGAAACACUGCAGGGUCGCCAACACAUUGAUUUACUCGACAAAUCAGUUCUUGAACUUGGGGCUGGAACCGGCUUACUUUCGGUUGUCAUCACGUUAUUGGGUGCCAAACUAACAGCCACAGAUUUACCCGAGAUUCUAGGUAAUCUGAGAUACAACCUCAACAAGAACACGAGAGGCCGACGGAGACAUGAGCCCCUGGUAGCAGAACUCUACUGGGGUCACAAGCUGGAUGAGACCUUCCCCAGAUCCACACACCAGUAUGAUUACGUGUUGGCGACUGAUGUGGUCUAUUACCACGACUUCCUGGCCGAGCUGCUGGUCACUAUGCGUCACUUCUGCCAGCCGGGAACUACUCUAGUCUGGGCAAACAAGGUUCGCUAUGCCUCAGAUCUGGAUUUCAUCAACAACUUUCUUAGAUAUUUUGAUAUUACACUCCUUGAAGAGCUGGAUGAUGUGAGGAUUUAUGUAGCAACCAGCAAGACACCAGAGCAGGAAGGUGACCAUGUUCAAGAGAUGAACAAGGAAGAGGAGGACAAUGAUAAACUUGAGUCAAGCAAACAGGAUGCUGUGGAACCAAACUCUACAAGCGAGACAGGAAACAAUGCAGAAGAAGUGGAACAUCUGGAGUGUGAUGAUACUCAGAGUUUAGAAAAUAAGAUGGAGGAGAACCAAGUAGACAAAGGAUUCCAAGAAUUUGUUAGAUCUGCAGAGGAAGAGGAAGAAGCUGUACCUGCCAACACAGAACCAACAGAGCGCAGAUCCUGGGCUCCCAUAGUCUACUACAGUCUUGGCAAGGAGAUCUACUACUUUCUGGGUCAUGAAAUCAAAAUUCAGGAAGCCAUAGACCAUUGUGGUGGUGUGGUAUGGCCAGCGGCAUUGGCCCUUUGCCGAUUCCUGGACACCCCAACAGGCCGACAGCAGAUUAAUCUACUUGACAAAUUGACGCUAGAGCUCGGAGCAGGAACGGGCCUCGUCUCGAUAGUUGCCACACUUCUGGGUGCUAAAAUGACAGCCACAGAUCUGCCAGAAAUCCUUGGUAAUCUAAGGUGUAACUUGAACCGGAAUACCAAGUGGCAACGGAGACAUGAACCCCAGGUUACAGCAUUACCAUGGGGCUACAAACUAGAGGAGAUGUUUCCCCACUCCACCCAUCAUUACGAUUAUGUUUUUGCAGCUGAUGUGGUCUAUCACCAUGACUGUCUCAAUGAGCUUCUUGACACCAUGCUUCACUUUUGUCAAACAGGGACAACAAUUAUCUUAGCAAACAAGGUCCAUUAUCAGUCAGACCUGGUGUUUAUUGAGAACUUUAAGAAAGCUUUUAACGCCACAUUACUGACAGAGCUGGAUAAGGUGAGGAUUUACUCAGCUACCAUGAGAAUCUGA